CAGCCGUCUACAUCCGUUUCUACCUCGAGCGUAGUCGAAUUGGCAUAAACAAUGGCUUUUCAAGCGCCUGUAAUUCCCCAAGAACGACAAAACCGUAAGCUGCUGGAACACCUAGAGGAAGAAAAAAAGCGCUUACUUGGUGUUGGUCACACUGGUGGUGGCGGCGGCGGUGGUGGUGGUGGUAGCGGCAGUGUCAGCUCAAAUCCAGGAGGAACGCAAGUGUCAUCCGUUGUUGCAAGUAGCAGUUUCUCCGUGCCACCAAAUGCUACCCCAGCUCCAUCUGGCGUUCUUCCUUUGUCCAUGCCUAUCUCCACGCUUCCACCAGAUUCAACAGCAAUGACGCCACAACAGAGAGCUGCACUACAGCAUGCACAUGCAAAUUCUGUGGGCUACUUCAUCACUCAAGAUUCAUCAUUUGGAAACCUCAUUUUACCUGUUUUACCUAGAUACUCAGAUAAAUAGCAAUGGAUGAUUUUACGAAAGAAAUUUCAUUGUACAUACUCAUAUUUUUAUGAACAUUAAAAGAAACAUCAGUU